AUGGAUAUUGGAGACAAACAAAUUUCGAACUCAUUUGUCUCACAGACCUAUACUAUCACUCUCAUCCGUACCGAAAUGGGGUACGUACCUCGUUAUAUUGAUUUUUUUCACAUCGCAUUGACAUCUACCGUGCAACUUGCGCGAGGUGACAUAUACGUCUUGCGCAAAAUAAGUGAAGAUACACAUCAAUGA